GUUGAACCUGAAACCUUUGGCCAGUGUACUUCCACUGACGGACGAGUGAUGCUGCUGUACCAAUGGUAAUGGGGUGGUAUGGCACCGGAACUGGGUCCCACGCGGCCAACCCCCACACACUCGCUAAUUACAAAACCAACACAGCACGGGCCCUCUCUGACCGCUCUCCUCCCUGCCGCUCCACCACCACCGCCGGAAUGAAGGCCGACGACGACAGCGCCCCCCCGUCGGUGCCGGCUACCAAGAUCGCUAUCCCCGCCUCCGCUGUGAGCGCGGGGGAUGCGGCGGGCCUCGGGAAGGGCCGGCGGUACAAGGUUUGGGCCUUCGCGGCCAUCGCGCUCCUCGCGCUCUGGUCCAUGUCCGCCGCCUCCGUCUCCCUCCGCUGGUCCUCCUCCGGCGACCUCGCCGCCACCGCAAGGGACUUCGAUGUGUCGCUCGGCGACGGCCUCGAUUCCCUCGAGAUGGAGGAAAGGGGGAAAUUAGUGGGCCGAAUGUGGGACAUGUACACGCGGACCAGUGAUGAGGUACGGCUUCCACGGUUCUGGCAGGAGGCGUUUGAGGCUGCAUACGAGGAACUUGCAGGUGAUGAUUUGCAGAUCCGUGAUGCAGCCAUCUCAGAGAUUUCCAGAAUGUCAGCCCACAAACUUGAGCUUGAGCAGCCAGUGAAUGAGAAUGAGGAAGGUAAUGCAGCGAGCAGCAGAGGUGGUAGGACACAGGCAAGGUAGUUUCAUAAACUUGGGCAGCCUGAGAACCUGAAGAUCUAUCGCUGAGUACAAUCAUCAGCGGCUGGGCUGGAUUUUGGAGUUUCGAUGUGUUUGAUUGGUUACUCACUGGAUUUGUACCAGCUAGGGCAGAAAGAUGCAUUUGUGGCACUGUGUAACGUUCCGUACUCGUUUAGCUUCUGUAUCAGAGGGUAAGCAAAAGCUUGCCAUUGCUGUAACGUAAGGUGAUCUUCCCAGCGAAGAUAUUCUGUAUUCUGGGGCUCCGUUCAAGACUGCCAUGCUAAGUAAAAGCAUACUGUGGUAUCUAGCAAUGCUUUACUGUUGUGGGGUUGCGAAUGAGCUCUUUUUGCUUCCAUCAAAACUGUUGUACCCUGAAAACGGCCUACACCCUCCGUACGGACAACACUUUAUA